UCAGACUGUGGCUGUAAUGUUGAUCUCCUUCGAUUUUAACAUGGAUUUGAGUCUCUUUGCUAUGUGUGAUCAAUGGGAUCGAUCUUACGUUUUCGAUUAGCCUGAACAAAUUCGCAUCAACGAAAACAUGUGAUGUUAGUAAAUAAUUUGUGGUAGGUGGUGAAAAAAAUAGUAAUAACAAAAUAUGGAAGACAAUAAAAAAUGUGCCGAAAUUCAGGAUUUCGAAUUCUCUGAGCAAAAAUUCUCAGAAGUGGAGAAUAACAAAGUAAAACGUGAAGCCAAUGACAUAGAUAACCAUGACAUUAAGAGAUUCAGAAUCGAGCAAGACGUAGAAAUAGGAGAUUUAAAAGCCUAUGAUCAAUCUACAGCGUGUGGUAAUGAUUUUUCAGUGGAUGAGAAAAAAAUUAUUUGGUCGGACGCCGUAUCCAAAAAGAAAAUGCGGAAACUUCUCAAGAUACAGAAGUGGGAGGAAGUAAAAAAGGAGAGGAGAGCACAAGAGAAAGAACGUGCGAAAAGGAAAAGAAUGCUGGCAAGAUUAAAUAAUAUAAGUCUAGGACCAUCGCGGAGCUUUCUGAAGAAAUGUACAAUGGCAAAUAGUAAAUGCAAAGUUCGUGUUGUCAUAGACCUGUCAUUUGAUGAUCUGAUGUCUGAUUCGGAUAUGAGCAAAUGUGUUAAACAAAUGCUGCAUUGCUACAGUUUAAACAGGAGAGCAGAAAAUCCUAUGCAACUGUACUUCACAAAUUUUAAUGGAAAAGUGGCGCAGGAAAUGGAAAAACACGAUGGCUAUAGAAACUGGGAUAUCUAUUUUCACAGUGACAGCUACACUGAAAUCUUUAAUAAGAGUGAACUAGUGUACCUUACAAGUGAAUCUGAUAACAUAAUUACUGAAUUGGAGGAUGAUAAAGUGUACAUAAUUGGUGGAUUGGUGGAUCAUAAUGCUCACAAGGGUGUGUGUUACAGAGUGGCUGUGGAUCAAAAUAUUAGCCAUGGACAACUUCCUAUUGAAGAGUUCUUGGAAAUGAAGACAAGGAAAGUACUGACAGUCGAUCACGUUUUUGAGAUCCUGCUAGGUGUUAGUAGUGGCAUGAGUUGGAAAGAAGCAUUUUUGAAAGUAUUACCUCCAAGAAAAGGUGCUAAAGAGAAAGAUACUAGUGAGAUUAAUGAUAUGCUCUCGGUACCUGACAAAAAUGUUAAAACUGAAGAAGAAAACCAAACUGAUGUGAAAAUAUCUGUGGCCACAGAACCUGACAAAAAUAUUAAAACCGAAGGAGAAAACCAAACUGAUGUGAAAAGACCUCUUAAAAUUGAAACUUAUGGAGAAGACCAAGACGAUGUGAGGAAAACUGACACAAAUUUUGAAAUAGAUGGAGAAAAACAAACAGAUGUGAAAAGACCAUGUGAAAAAAAACCUGACAAAAAUCUUGAAACAGAUCGAGAACAGCAAGCAAAUGCAAAGUCUGACAGUGUUACUGUAGAAUAAAAUGUACAGUCAGAUAAAAGUUGGUGCAUCCAUUUCCUUUAUUGGAGGAACAACUAAAAUGUGAACUGCAGAAGAAUUUAUGUAAAAUCGUGCCUACUUUGUUUACAUUAUGUUGUUAGAAAAUUUCACCUAAUUUGAGCAUAUUGGCUGUGGAAUUUUGAAACAAUCAUAAUCUCUUAUGAUUUAGUGUUGCAAACAAAAGUAUUGGAUCAUAAUGGAUGAACUACUACAAUGUAUCAGAAUAAUGGAUGAACCACUGUAACCAUUUUCUAGGUUACAAUCGUGUACUGCAAUGACUGUGACACUUACGGACAAGUGGUUUUAAAAUGUCCAGCUACAAUCAAUAAUGUCAGUCUGUAACUAUGUUUUAUUAUAUAUGACUGUGGAUGGUAUGGUAUAUUACAUCUGCACAUUGUGUACACACAUAAAAUAUUAAAAGCAUUUCUUAUGCAUUGUAUUGUGGCAGAAUUUUUUUAUGAGGUGAAAGAUUACAAAGCUUGUGUAUCAGAAUUUUUAGUUGCAACUAAGCAUAUUAAGCAAGUAAAUACAUGAAAGUAUAAUGACUGGUUUACUGACUUUAUUUUUAUCAUUGCAAAAUUCUGAUAAAUGUGAAAUGUUUAUCAUAUCCUUUCUGGAUUACAGUUUUCAGUAAACUCAAAGAAGUUUCUGUACUAAUUUGCUUAUUGAAAAUGACAAAUUAAAUUAGAGCUUAACUAUU